AUGCGUUCGUCUUUUCUCAAAGGCAAUCCUCAUCACGCAAAAGAUGGUUUAGAUUCCUUCUUUUACGCAUUUACAGAUCAAGGAACCUUGCGUGAUUCACACUUACUAAUCUCCAAUUUACGAACUAAACGUUCCAAAGAUUCUUUAUUAGUAGAUGGAGAACAGGGGACGUUACAUUGGGAAAGAAUGACAAUUACAGGGGAAUUUACUGGUGGUCAACUCAGAAUGGCAGACAUGGAAUGGCCAGAGGGAAAGGCAAAUCCCCCACAAGGAACACCUGACAAAUUUCAUAUUAGAGUUGUUACACUGCAUGAGCCUCCUUUUGUUGUGGUUACUGAAUUAGAUCCGGAAACUGGACAAUGCCCAGGGAGCCAAGGAACUCCUUGUGAUUGGGGAUUUGAAAACACAACAUUAUGGAAAUGCUGUACUGGUUAUUGUGUGGAUUUAUUGAAUAAGUUAGCUGCAGAUAUUGGUUUCAGCUAUACACUUUAUAAAGAAAAAGGCUGGAACGGAUUAAUUCAGGAUCUGGUAACAAACAAAGCUGAUAUGUGUGUAACCUCACUUAAGCUGAAUAGUGAACGAGCCCGCGAUGUUGACUUUUCUAUUCCAUUUUUGGAAACUGGUAUAUCUAUACUGGUUAAGAUUCGUAGUGGAGUGCUAUCACCAACUGCAUUUCUUGGACAUAAAUUUUCAAUUUGUCGUUCUUAUUGGCUUGUAUGGGCCACAUUAUUUAGUGCUUCAGUUAGCACUGACGUUCCUCGUUCAACUGUCAGCCGAUUUAUGUCAUUGACCGCAAACUUGGCAGCUUUUAUGAUAACUCGAGUACAAUAUUACGAACUUGUUGGUGUUGAUGAUGAGAAAUUAAACUUCCCUGAACUCCAAAAUCCUCCUUUCCGCUUUGGAACUGUUGAAGGAGGAAAUACACACGAAACAAUGCGUAGAAACUGGCACAGAAUGCAUUCAUAUGUCGAACAAAACCAAUUUUAUAGAGAUAAUAUUUCUGCAGGCGUUGAGUCAGUUCGAAGAGGAGAGCUGGAUGCAUUUAUUUAUGAUGCUGUUGUUCUUGAUCAUCAGGCAGGAAAAGAUCCCAAUUGCGGAUUAAUGACAGUUGGCAAGUGGGCAAGCAUGACCGGAUAUGGCAUUGGAUUCCCAAAAAAUUCACCUUUAGUUUCACGUGUAAAUCAUUUUAUGCUUCAAUACCAACAAAGGGGUCGGGAUUUAGAACGACUUCAAAAUUUUUGGUUAACCGGUGCUUGUUCUCCAGAGACUAAUACACAAGGAAGUGGCAGUUCUCCCCUUGGAGUUGAGAACUUUUUGAGUGCUUUUUUCCUUCUAGCUGUUGGAAUUUUGUUGAGCUUGAUAUGCUUGGCCUUCGAGUUUCUUUAUUGCCGUCAUUUUCGCGCACCUUUAAAAAGAUUAGACCAGAAUGGAUGGUGUGGAAUAAUUAGCAUGGCUAUGGCCAAAUCCCUUAGUUUUACCGAAGCUGUUGAUCGAGUACAGGAAUGGCGACGACGUUGGGGUCGUCAGGAGCAAUUGGAAGAACAAGAUGGAAUAGAUGAGGAUAAAGGUAUUGUUCUUCAUCAAAAAUAG